CCGUAACUGUUUCCGGCGCAAGACGGGUUUGACUGUUGAGGGUCGACGGGAAUAGUUUUCUGUUAUGGCAGCUGCAACGGCUGCUAUGGCGGCAGCACGACAGUUAUAUCGAGGCGCUUUUUUGACGAAGGCACGACUCCUCUGUCAGGCUCCGGGAGCGAGACUCGUCUAUGGGCGCCAGGCUCUUUCGGGAGGCGGCGGAAGCGAGGAGUCUUCUAGGAAAGAGGAAUCCUUUGCAUCCAUGUUGAGGCGUUCUCCUCUGAUUCAGAUGGGACCUGCCAAAGACAAAAUUGUUAUUGGGGAGAUUUUCCACGUCUUAGAAGAUGAUCUGUAUAUAGAUUUUGGUGGCAAAUUUCACUGCGUGUGCAAACGACCAGAAGUAGAUAGCAAGAAAUACCAGAGGGGAACCAAAGUCCGCCUGAGGCUGAUUGACCUUGAACUCUCAUCUAGAUUCUUGGGAGCAAAAACAGAUACAACUUUACUGGAAGCUGAAGCGGUGCUCUUGGGACUGAUGGAAGGCAAAGAAAAUAGACAAAAAUAGUAAAUGUAUAAAUAAAACUGUGUAUAUUCACUUGUGGCUUUGUUUCAGUGAGUGCUGAUAUAUAGCUCGUUUGAUGUGCACAGUGUGGCCAAUUUGAAUUAAAGGUUGAAAUUUUUCUUAUAACACACGUUAAAAGUAAAUGUAACAGCUUUGGCUCUGUAUGAUGGUCCUUUUGAAGACCUGUGUUGAUUGCAAGAUUUAUGAUAAAGACAUGAGUCUGUGAGAAUCACAUAGCUAAAGGGUGAGUAGGAACUACAUAGAUCUUCGUUAUAUGCCUCCUUUAAAAUAAAGUUGUGUAAAAAUACUACCAUGUCCAUGAUACCUGGAACAGUACUACAGCAGUGUUUAGGACCUUUAUAUUCUUUUAGAAACAGUAGAACUUUUAAAAUAGGUUCCCCUCCCCCCCGUCUUGAUGACCUAGCUCUUGAUCAUACAAGGCCUUCUCUUGAACUGUUUAAUGUUUCUGUAAGAAAACUGGGUUUAAAUAAGCUGAGGUUUCAUGGAAGACCAGCCAGUGAGUAAUGCAGUGCUAUUUUCAACUCUCUUUGAAAAAAGAAAAAGUA